AUGAGCUCUUCUUCCAAAGGUUUCCAGGCCUCUGGUCGGAGUCGAGCACCAAGUGAGGCAACACUGUUACCACCAACCACAUCGGCCGCUGGCUCGAUACACAGUGGAGUUAGCGGAGUCAGCAAAUACACGCUCGACUCGCAAAGAAACGAAGACGCUCUCAGUCCUGAUCCGGGUUCUGAGAAGGAUUUCACCGUCGCCAACAACAAGUUCGCAUUCAGCCCGGGUCAGCUGAACAAGAUGCUGAAUCCCAAAUCUCUCCCAGCUUUCAUUGCUCUUGGAGGUCUUCCUGGUCUUGAAGCCGGUCUCCGCACUGACGUUGAUGCGGGUCUCAGUCUGGAGGAGGCGGACCUUGCUGGCUCUGUUUCAUUCGAGGAGGCGACCACGAUGUACAAGAAGCUCCGCGGUGCCAACUCCUCCGCCCUCCCGAGGCCCGUUGAAACACGCCAUGUGGAUGUUGGCGGAUCUGGAGCAACCGCUUCGCAUACUGGAGAAUCUUUCUCGGAUCGCAAGCGCGUCUUCAAGUCCAAUGUGUUGCCAAUAAAGAAGUCGAAGACGUUCCUGAAGCUCAUGUGGGAAGCGUACUACAAGGAGAGCGUCUUAAUUCUGCUUACAGUAGCAGCCGUCAUCUCGCUCGCUCUCGGUCUUUACGAAACAUUCGGUGUUGAUCACGGGCCGGGCGCGCCACCCAGUGUCGAUUGGAUCGAAGGUUGCGCCAUUUGUGUCUCAAUUGCCGUCGUCGUCUUGGUCGGCGCCAUCAAUGAUUGGCAGAAAGAGCGAGCUUUCGUAAAGCUCAAUGCUAAGAAAGAGGCACGCGAAGUCAAAGUUAUCCGAUCUGGCAAGUCCUUCAACAUCUCUGUGUACGACAUCCUGGUCGGGGAUGUGCUUCACAUGGAGCCUGGUGACCUCAUCCCAGCGGAUGGAAUUUUCAUCUCGGGCCACAACGUCAAGUGCGAUGAAUCUUCUGCUACGGGAGAGUCGGAUCAGAUGAAGAAGACCAGCGGUGAGCAGGUCCUGCGCCUGCUUGAACGUGGACACAAUGAUUUGAAGGACCUGGACCCGUUCAUUAUCUCCGGAAGCAAAGUCCUGGAGGGUGUUGGAACUUACUGUAUCAUCCAAUCACUGACCAUCAUAGACCUCAUCACCUCUGUCGGUGUCAACUCCAGCUACGGUCGUAUCCUCAUGGCCAUGCGACACGACAUGGAACCUACCCCACUUCAAGUCAAACUUGACGGACUCGCUAAAGCGAUUGCAAAGCUCGCCAGUGCCGCCUCGUUCCUCCUGCUUCUGAUUCUUACUUUCCGCCUGGUUGCGACGUUCCCUGGUAGUCCACUCAGCCCAGCUGAGAAGGCGUCGAAGUUCAUGGAUAUUCUCAUCGUAUCAGUGACAAUCAUCGUUGUAGCCGUGCCUGAAGGACUACCUCUCGCGAUCACGCUGGCUCUGGCAUUUGCAACUACCCAGAUGGUCAAGAUGAACAAUCUCGUCCGUGUCCUGAAGUCUUGUGAGGUCAUGGGCAACGCUACAACUAUCUGCUCGGAUAAGACUGGCACUUUGACACAGAACAAGAUGACGGUGGUUACCGGUACAUUCGGUGAAGACACCUUCGACGACAAGAACCCUGGAGCUGCCGACAACCGGUCUUCGCAAUUCGCGCAACGCUUGACAAGCCAGCAAAACCGUCUGCUAGUUGAGUCUAUUGCCAUCAACUCAACUGCCUUCGAGGGCGAGGGUGGAGAGUUUGGAUUUGUUGGCUCCAAGACUGAGACCGCUCUUUUGGGCUUCGCAAAGAAUGUCCUCGGAAUGACAUCCCUCUCUCAAGAGCGCACCAGCGCCCAGGUUGUCCAGCUUCUGCCUUUCGAUUCGAGCCGCAAGUGUAUGGGUGCUGUACACAAGCUCUCUGAUGGAACUUACCGUCUUCUCGUCAAGGGCGCCUCUGAGAUCUUGCUGAGCUACUCCAACACCAUCGCGCUUCCAGCUGGUGUCGCCCACAUGGACGGUGACCAUGUUAAGCGCAUCGCCACCACCAUCGACCACUAUGCCAGCCAGUCUCUUCGCACAAUCGGUCUCAUCUACAAGGACUUCGCCCAAUGGCCUCCCCGCGGUACCGAAGACCCCGACGACAUCUCAGUCGCAAAAGACCUAGGUGCUCUCCUUGCUGAAAUGACCUUCAUCGGGGUCGUCGGUAUCCAAGACCCGCUCCGCCCCGGUGUCCCUGAGGCUGUAGAAAAGGCUAGAAACGCCGGCGUCAUCACUCGCAUGGUUACUGGAGACAACAUCAUCACCGCCAAAGCCAUCGCAGUCGAAUGCGGUAUUUACACCGACGGUGUUGUUAUGGAAGGUCCUGAAUUCCGCCAGCUCAGCGACGACGACAUGGACGCUCAAGACAAGCGCGUACUCGUCACCCGCCUUCGUAAACUCGGCGGUAUCGUCGCUGUAACAGGCGAUGGCACCAACGACGGACCUGCGCUUAAAGCUGCUGAUAUCGGUUUCUCAAUGGGCAUCGCCGGCACUGAAGUAGCCAAGGAGGCUUCUGCUAUUAUCCUCAUGGAUGACAACUUCUCCUCCAUCCUCACUGCCCUCAUGUGGGGUCGCGCCGUCAACGACGCCGUGCAAAAGUUCCUCCAGUUCCAGAUCACAGUCAACAUCACUGCCAUGCUCGUCGCGUUCAUCAGUGCGAUCCAGGACCCGGAAAUGCGCUCUGUUCUCACUGCCGUGCAACUGCUUUGGAUUAACCUGUUCAUGGACUCUCUCGCCGCCCUUUCCCUCUCCACCGACGCCCCGACCGAAGAAAUCCUUGACCGCCCGCCCACUCCGCGCACCGCCUCUAUCAUCUCGCUCACAAUGUGGAAGAUGAUCAUCGGCCAAGCCAUAUUCCAAGUCAGCGCAACCUUCAUCCUGCACUUCGGCGGCCCGCACUUCCUGCCCUACCCGGAGAACGAAAUGCGCUCCCUGAUCUUCAACAUGUUCGUGUGGCUGCAGAUCUUCAACCAGUACAACAACCGCCGGCUCGACAAUAAGCUGAACAUCUUCGUGGGCAUCACGAAGAACUACUACUUCAUUACGAUGAAUGUCAUCAUGGUGGCGGCGCAGGUGCUGAUUGCCAUGUUUGGCGGGACCGCGUUCAGCAUUGUGCGCAUCAAUGGGAAUCAGUGGGGGAUCAGUGUCGUUGUCGCGGUUUUGUGUAUUCCGUGGGGAGUCUGUGUUCGUCUAUUCCCCGACGCGUGGUUUGAGGUUGGCGCGAAAUUCUUUGGGAAGCCGUUUGUGAUGGCGUAUCGACCGCUCGCGAGGGUCACGGCGCGCGUGAUGAAGAAGAUGAAGAAGGAGAAGAAGGAAAAGGAGAGCGAUGAGGCGUCGAAUGACUCUGGGAGUUAUGUGGGUAAGGGCAAGUCGAAGUUUCCGGCGAUUAGUGUCAAGGGAGAUGCGGAGAAGGGGAUUAUGUAG